CCAGCAAUCCACUGAAUGCAGCAGGGGGUUUCCGGGACUACUUUAUCUCGGCGGAGGCGCACCAACAGUAGCUGCCGCACAUCGUUCUGCCUUGUUCCGUGCUUGGGGCAAGUUCAGCUUUUCGGCCCGAUUUUUCUAACACUUUUGUUGGUUGAAAUGGCCGCGGAUCCCGUUUCAACAUCUUCUAAUGCAUCGACAAACAACGAUGGCAUCCUCAUCGGUGAUAAAGUGUACUCUGAAGUCUACCUGGCGAUCGACAACUCUCUGGUUCCAGAGGAGAAGCUUUCUCCGACCCCCUCUAUGCUCGACGGCCUAGACCUCAACACGGAGACCGACCUUCGGAUCCUGGGAUGUGAACUCAUCCAGUCUGCGGGGAUUCUGCUAAAGCUGCCCCAGGUGGCCAUGGCGACGGGACAGGUUCUCUUCCAUCGCUUUUUCUAUUCCAAGUCCUUCGUCAAGCACAGUUUCGAGAUUGUAGCCAUGGCUUGUGUCAACCUGGCCUCCAAGAUAGAAGAAGCCCCGCGGCGGAUACGAGACGUGAUCAACGUCUUCCAUCACCUACGGCAAAUGCGAGGCAAAAAGGGUGCAAGUUCAUUGAUACUUGAUCAGAACUACAUAAAUACCAAAAACCAAGUCAUCAAAGCAGAACGGCGGGUCCUGAAGGAGCUGGGCUUCUGUGUGCAUGUCAAGCAUCCCCACAAGAUCAUCGUCAUGUACCUUCAAGUCCUGGAAUGUGAGAAGAACCAAACGCUGGUCCAGACCGCCUGGAACUACAUGAAUGACUGCCUGAGGACAAAUGUGUUUGUGCGGUUUCAAGCCGAGACCAUCGCCUGUGCCUGCAUAUACUUGGCUGCCAGAGCUCUGCAGAUGCCGCUUCCAUCCCGGCCUCAUUGGUACCUUCUGUUUGGAGCCAGUGAGGAGGAGAUCCGGGAGAUCUGCAUCACCACCCUCAAGCUGUACACCAGGAAGAAGCCCAACUACGAUCACCUGGAGAAGGAGGUGGACCGGCGGAAGAUGUUCCUGGCCGAGGCCAAGCUCAAGGCAAAGGGCCUGAACGCCGACGGCACGCCGGCCCUCUCCACGCUCGGCGGCUUCUCCCCGGCCUCCAAGCCCUGCUCCCCGGCCGUGGUGCCGGUGGAGGACAAGUCCCCCAAGCCCCAAGCCCUGAAGCCUGUGAAGAAGGAGCCGGACAACCGAGCCCAGGUCUCCAAGAGCCCGCACAACGGGUUAAGAAAAGAGUCCAAGAUCGGCAGGAACAGCAGCGGGUCCCGUUCUAGAACACGCUCCCGCUCCAGAUCCCGCUCGCCCCGCAGACACUACAACGGCAGACGCAGUCGCUCGGGGACCUACAGCUCGCGCUCUCGCUCCCACAGCCCGUCGCCACGGCGACACCAGCCCUCGCCGCUCCUCCCCCACCUCAAACCAAAGGCCAGUCACCACGGCAACAGCGACUCCAAGGUCUCCGGUCGCCACAGCGGCAGCGGCGGGGGCAGCUCAGGACACAAGAGGAAGCGGUCGCGCUCCCGGUCGCGCACCCCCAUCAAAGGGGAGCGCGAGCGGGAGAGGGAGCGGGACAGGGAGCGCGGUGCCUCGGACCUCGCCUCCUCCAAGAAGCACAAGCACGAGCGGGGCGGCGGGCACCACCGCGGGGAGAGGCGGGAACACGAGAGGUCCCGCUCCUACGACCGGGAGCGGGAGAGGGAGCGCGGCCACAAGAGCAAACACCACGGUAGUGGCGGUGGCGGCGGAGGGCACUCGGGGCACGGCCGGCACCGUCGCUGAGCCCCACACCACUCGGGUGGUCUCGGGGCCUGGCGGAAACAUAGUCAAACGUUUCCCAGGGUCCACCACCGCGUCACGCAACUGCUUGUCUUUCUCCAGUGUACGUACCAGUAUAAAACCAUCUGGGCGCCAAAUUGACCCUAAGAUCAUUCUGCGGUUCAGUGUUCAUGGCCUGAUCACAUGCGAGGCAUUGGACUUCCAAGAUUAACCUGAAUGUAUAUCCCACGUGUCAAAACGUGCUGGUUAAGGCAUUUGCUAUGGCCAAGACCACUGAUCGACCAACCACCUUUAUAGCUGAUAUUUGGCAGUGGUGGCUGAUAAUUUGGUAAAGCUGGGUGACGCGUUUUGGUGGAUCAAAUUCAUGUCAUUUGCAGCAGGAGGUCCUGAAAAGGAGUUAUUUUAUUUUCUUGAUUAUUGAUAAUUGGUUGAAUUAUGGAAACGUUAAUUUCGCCUGCCAGGCCCAGAGCUGCCUAACAUACCAGUCCACAUACUACUUUUGAAUGCAAAUGUUUUGUUUUUUUCAUGUAUUUUUCUCAUUUUCCAUUUCAAUGGACGACUUGAAGGAACCAUAUAUUUUACAGUGUAAAGAUGACAAAAAGCCGGAUUAUUGUGAAUGCUUUGAUUUAUUAAAGCAACGGACAGUGGAAAAAUGUACAAUUUAAAGGACAUUCAGGAAAGAAAAUAUUCUUAUCAUUGGAAUUUCUCUGGUUCAUAAUUUAUUGGACAAAUGUGCGAUGGCUAUAGCUGUGUUGUGUACAUUUGUAAAGAAUCAAAACAAUGGUGUUAUUUAGGGUAAGAGGCUAUAUAUCUUUUUAAGAUGCAGACUUGAUUGAAAAACCUUGUAGAAUUGUGAAUUUGUUACACGGCUUUUAGUCUGCACAUGUUCAUGUUUGAAUUUUUUUAUUAAAUUCAGUAAUAAAAGACUCACUGUAA